AUGGCGAAGAGUUUUGGUGGGAGCAAGGCAUGGAACAGCAACAUCUGGGGGGACAACAACCUCGGAAAUGGGUUCGAUGAUCAACAUCUCGCAGAAACAGCCUUUGAAGGCAAGUCAGGGUCCGGGUCACUGUUGUCGACCUCCGAAUCAGAUGGAUGGACUUCGCGUCCCAACCUUCCCUGGACCACUGUUAACACAUCAUCAUCCCUGGCCCGAGGCACGACAGCCAUGAAUACAUCGCCAGUGCAAGCCAGACCUAACGAUCGAAGCGCGUCGGCACUAUCUGAGGCGGCCGACGCCCCUUCCUACUUCUCCCUGCCACGCUCUGGAAUCGCGGGUGCCGGAGGGGCAGCAAACCACAAGGCCUACCUGAACAGCGCAUCCGAUGGAAUCUCUCCUUCGACAGAUGGUAUUUCUUUUGGCGGUUUCGGUGGCUUCAGGAAUGGCGAUGCCAGACACAAUGUCAACUCGUCCGCCUUUGGUGGUAGCCCAGUGGGCCCGCGAUUUCAGAUGAAACCCGGCAUGGACACAUCGAGCGAUGAUAUGACCGGGUCCAUGGCCAUGUCGUCCUUACCCCAAGGAUUGCCCGACGCCCUAGCUCAACAGCUGCCCCGGAACCCUUACAGUCAUAUGCCCCACAGCUCGGCAUCGAUUGCCUCCCAACGACAGACGCAUACUUCACACCCGUCAUUCCAAUCAGAAAACCAAGGGUUUGAUGGUAGACUAGGGGGUGGCUCUAUGGACUUGAAUGCAGGCUUAAGCAAGCUUCAGCUCAAUGAUGGUGGCUUUCCGACCCAACGCCCCUCUUACAUGCCCCACGGCUCGUUUGAUGGGAGUGUCUCCCGCUCCAAGUAUCCCCAGGCUGCGGGCGAUGAGGGGAAUUACCAAUCCGUUCAAGGAUACAUGGGUGACGGUGCGGCAGACCUUCUCACUUACCAAACGGCCAACAGGGCACGCAUGGAAGGCGGUGGUAUUUCCCCGUCCGAGCUCACUCGCAUGGAAAGUCCUUUUUACUCCGGACUGGACGGCGCAUCAUUAGCUGGUCCUCAUUUCCGGAAUGCCUCUGGUAGCCGUCUCUCCGAAGGACAGGCGGCCGCCUUGGAGCGCAGACUACGUGCCGAGGCUGAGUUCGUGUCUCCUGGAAACCCGCUACACCGCGUACAAUACCCUUCCGCAUACGACCUUGCAAAUUACCAGGCUACUCGUAUGAAUCCUUUGGCGGGUUACUAUCCCGCUUCUCCCCUGACAGGUAUCGGGCCAGCAGCAUAUGCCCCCAGACCCACCCGAGAGAACGAUUUGUCCCAGGUUGUGCGCAGUCCAUUGUUGGAAGAGUUUAGAGCCAACAGCAAGGGGAACAAACGUUAUGAAUUGAAGGACAUCUACAACCAUGUGGUGGAAUUCAGUGGCGACCAGCACGGAUCCCGAUUCAUCCAGCAAAAGUUGGAAACCGCGAACAGCGAUGAGAAGGAGCAGGUGUUCCGUGAAAUCCAGCCGAACUGCCUUCAGCUGAUGACCGAUGUGUUUGGGAACUACGUUGUUCAGAAGUUGUUUGAGCAUGGCAACCAGACGCAGAAGAAGAUUCUUGCCAACCAGAUGAAGGGACAUGUGCUUGCGCUGUCCACUCAGAUGUAUGGUUGCCGUGUUGUUCAGAAGGCUCUCGAGCACAUCCUUACCGACCAGCAAGCAUCGAUGGUCAAAGAGUUGGAAAACCACGUGUUGAAAUGUGUGCGCGACCAGAACGGCAACCAUGUCAUUCAGAAGGCCAUUGAGCGGGUCCCAUCUCACUACGUACAGUUCAUCAUCAACGCGUUCAAGGGCCAGGUCAGCCGACUUGCCGCACAUCCAUACGGAUGCCGGGUUAUCCAGCGCAUGCUUGAGCAUUGCGAGGAGGAAGACCGCGAGUCGAUCCUGGGUGAACUGCACGCUUGCACGCCCAACCUGAUCCCCGACCAGUUUGGCAACUACGUCAUUCAGCACGUGAUCGAAAAUGGAGAGGAGAAGGACCGCUCGCGCAUGAUCAUCGUUGUGGUUUCGCAGCUUCUCAUGUUCUCGAAACACAAGUUUGCCAGUAACGUGGUCGAAAAGAGUAUUGAAUUCGGUGAAGAGUCGCAGCGUCGGCAUAUUAUCAACACGCUCACAUUGCCCAAUGAAAGAGGAGAAAGCCCACUGCUUGGCUUGAUGCGUGACCAAUAUGGAAACUACGUUAUCCAGAAGAUUCUCACUCAGCUCCAAGGCGCCGAGAAAGAGGCACUCAUUGACCAGAUCAAGCCAUUGCUGAGUCAGCUGAAGAAAUACAGCUACGGCAAGCAGAUCGUCGCCAUCGAGAAACUCAUUUUCGACCCUAGUCUGCCUUCGAGCAGCGCCCUCUCGCAUGUUACCUCGUCCACCACACCACCGAACUCGCACAAGUCCUCUCCUCAACCAUCGAAACGGGCCGUGGAAAACGGUCAAGUGUCUGUCGGAGCAGCGCCCCCUACGCCUCCUCCAACGGACUCGCAGACUGGCAAUGGAACCGACUCCAAAGGUCUUGCUCGGACGACGGUGACAUCGGCAUCGAGCUCCGAGGCCACUACUCCUGACGCGACUGUUCCGGUCGAAAUUACCGGUGCUAACUAG